GUUGGGUCAAGUGGAGUAUCUACGGGUGAAUUCCGGGUUUUCCGAGUUAUGCCCCGUGAUGUUCAGGGCCCAGUGCUUGGUCUUACAGGAGUGCCAGAUGUCACGGGUAGUGUUUCUUCGUCCCAAACCCUAAGUCAGUCCUAUUCUGGUCAGGAAGGAAUGUUGCUCCUGCCUGCUCCAGAUGUACCUUUCGCAGCUUCAGCUUCUGCUGUCAUACCAUCUAGCUCAUCAAAGGGAAAGGAAAAGGUUGUUGACUCUGUGUCGGCUGGAGGCACGAAUCCAACAUUCCAGGUUGGCCAGGUUGCAGGGUUGCCUCUUAGUUCAUCCCAAGUUCCUUUGGUCAUCAAGGAGAAUGCUGUUAUGUCCGACGUGAUUUCGCCAAAUUUACCGCCUCCUAUUUCAUCUAUUGCACCUUUGCUUUCUGUUGCUGAUAUGAAAGGAAAAGGAGCAGGUCCAGGGGAAGCUGUUGUGGCAGCUCCUUUUACCAUUGCAGAUCCUUUGAAGGUCUCUGAUAUCCAAUCAGUUGGUGCUGUGAAAGAUGCAGUGGGGACUCCUGGAACUCGAAGUGAUGGUAUGGAUGUGAUGAGUUCUACUAGCCAGGGAGUGCAUGGAUUGUCAUCCAUUGCUGGGCUGAGUUCUGAUACUCCUCAGAGUAAAAUCAUCAAGUCAUCUUUGACGGUUUCGCCUUUGUCUUCAAGGAGUCUCUUGAUAUCACCUCUGGCUAAGGUGAAGAUUGAGAAGCUGGAAUCUUCUGAAACUGGAUCUCCUAAUGUGAGGCAGGAUGAUGAGCAAACAGAGAGUUCGUCCCCUUUUUCGCUUGCUGACCAAGCUUCACACCAGGUACCUGGGAAGCCUUCUACUGCUAAGCGUCGCCUGUAUGAAUCUUAGGGUGCAAGAAAGGUGGUUGCCUUUUGUGGAUGCUGGAUUUGCUGCCAGGAAAUAGUACUUUUGAUGGUGGGCGGGAUGAUUAUGUUGUUGAUCGUUUGAAGUUGUGCUGGUUGGAGGGUUCGCAGCCCUUUUGGCAACUUCUUAGGAACCUGUUUGUAGACUUUGUUCUUACCUUGCCUGGCCGUUUCUGGAAACUUUGUGGAAAUUGUGUUGUUGGUUACUAAACAAAACUAAUGUUGCUUCGGGUAUCUGUUUAUGUGGUGUAAAUUUUAAGUGCAUGUAAUUCUGUGUGCAA